CAGCUGGUGAUGUUCGUGGUGCAGCUGGGCUUCCUGGCCACCUACCUCUCGGAGCCCAUUGUCAAGGCCUUCACCAACGGGGCCGCCCUGCAUGUCCUGGUCUCCCAGCUGCCCAGCUUGCUGGGCCUGGCACUGCCCCGCCCCACCGGCUCCUUCACCAUCUUCAAGACGCUGGCAUCGGUGGCACGGGCGCUGCCCCGGACCAACGUGGCCGAGCUGCUCAUCUCCGCCCUGUGCCUGGCCCUGCUGGUGCCCAUCAAGGAGAUCAACAGCCGCUUCCGGAGCAAGCUGCGGACGCCCAUUCCAGGGGAGAUCGUGGUGGUGCUGGCGGCCACCGGCGUCUGCUUUGCCUCCUCCCUGGACACGCGCUACGACGUGCAGAUAGUUGGCCACCUGCCAGCUGGGUUCCCGCAGCCCCAGCUCCCGGCCCUGCAGUCGCUGCCCCAGGUGCUGGGGGACACGGUGGCCAUCGCUUUCGUGGCCUAUGCCGUCUCUGUGUCGCUGGCCAUGAUCUACGCCGAGAAGCACGGCUAUACCAUCAACCCCAACCAGGAGUUGCUGGCCCACGGUGUUUCCAACCUGGUCUCCUCCCUCUUCACCUGCUUCCCGAGCUCGGCCACCCUGGCGACCACCAACAUCCUGGAGAGCGCGGGGGGGCACACGCAGCUCGCCGGCUUCUUCUCCAGCGCGGUGGUGCUCAUGGUCCUCAUGUGGCUCGGACCCCUCUUCCACUACCUGCCCAAGGCUGUCCUGGCCUGUAUCAAUGUCACCAGCCUGCGCCAGAUGGUCCUGCAGUUCUGGGACCUGCCCGAGCUCUGGAGGAUCAGCCGGAUUGACUUCGCUGUCUGGGUGGUCACCUGGCUGGCCGUGGUGGUGCUGAAUGUGGACGUGGGCCUGGCCGUUGGGGUCGUGUUCUCCAUGAUGACAGUCAUCUGCCGCACGCAGAGGGCCGAGUGCAUGGCGCUGGGCAAAGCGGCCAACACGGAAAUCUACCGGCCUGUCCAACGCCACAGCAAGUGCUUUGAGAUCCCUGGCGUGAAGAUCAUGGCUUACCACGCCCCCAUCUACUACGGCAACCGUGACUUCUUCCGCGAGGCGCUGAGCGAGCGGCUGGGCCUGAGCCGGCUGAGGGGCGGCCGGGGGGAGAAGGCGCUGCGGGCCUUGGAGAGUGGGGCCCAAAUCAGCACCGUGGAAAACUGUGUCCCCAGCUCUGUGCCCGAUAGGGGAGCCGGGUGCCCCAGCUCAGGCGCCGCUGGCAGGACCCAGGCCGCCAUCCUCGACUGCAGCGGGAUUGUUUUCGUGGACUCCGCCGGGGCCCGGCUGCUCAUUCAGAUGUGCGUGGCGUGCCAGAAGGCCGGCAUCCGCAUGAACCUGGCAGCAUGUAACGGCGAGGUCCUGGAGACGCUGACCAGCAGCGGCCUGGGGCAGCACCUCUCCCCACAGCAGGUGUUUGUGACGGUCCAGGACGCCCUCGCAUCCAUCACGCAGACCACGGAAAAGGUGGCCGAGAAGAAUCCGGCGAUCUGGGUGUAGGGGACCCUGCCAAUGGAGUGCGGGCACUGCCCGGCCUGUAGAGCC